GAUGGCUACGUAGUUUGUGCGCCUUGUUUACCACCUGUGAAAAACUCGCUGUUUUGGUCGUCAGAAGGACUUUUUGUUGUAAUUCGGAGCUUCGUUCGUACUUCGCAACAUUUUACCUUAUACGUUUCUAUAAAACUUGGCUCACAGUCGAUGGAAAAUGAAGUCUGACGUGGAGGAGUUGAUGCCGAGGCUGCUGCCCGUUGAGUUUGAAGCCGGUGCAGAGCAACUGGACCUGAACGGACCACCGAGAAACCCCCGAGAAUACCUCCGACAAGUCCAGUUGGAGGCAUCACAGUGUCCAGAGGUGGUGGUUGCUCAGAUAGACCCCAAGAAACUGAAGAAGAAACAAACAGUUAAUGCCUCUGUGGCAGGUUGCCAUGCGGCUCCAGUAGGUUUCUGCCCCAGUCUCAGAUGGCAGCAGCACCAAGUCAGUAACUUCUCGGAUGUCAGACAGAGCAUCACAAAAAACAGGAAACACUGGAGCAGCCAAACUCUGGACGACAAUGUACUGAUGCCAAAGCUAACAGAUGAGGAGGGCUGGAUGAGAUUCUGUUUAGGAGAGACGGUCUAUUCUGGCACUUCAUACUGCCACACAGACGCUGAACCAGAGCGAGCACUGGACUAUAGCAAGGUGGGCUUCCCUCCCUUCCUCAGCAUAGUGAGCAGGCUGAACCAGUCCACAGUGCUGAUGGUGUUGGAGACUCUAAUCUGUUGGUUUGAGGAACACGAGUUUGUGCCACAGUUGGGUCGCUGGUUGUACGCUCUGUUGGUCUGCCUCGAGAAGCCUCUGCUGCCUGAAGCUCACUCCUGCAUCAGACAGCUGGCCAGGAGAUGUGCUCAGCUCCGCAGCACACUGGAGAGUCAGGAGGAUGAGCGACUGCCCGCCCUCAACCUGCUCAUCUGUCUUGUUGCCAGAUACUUCGAGCAGAAUGACCUGGCAGACCAGCCGGAGUGAACACGGUUCAACUUUUUGGACCAGAUAUCACAAAAAGGAGGAAUGUGUUGAAAGCCCUCUGAAUGAUGCAGCAUUCAGGCUGCACAGUGAAGCAACAAGAAACUUGAAGACAGCUGGAGAUGGACAGUCUUUGCCAACUAAGUAAAAUCUUUUGAGAAAACUGAAAAUUUCCAAGGACGCGACUGUGCAAAUAAGCAUAAAGGGAACUGCACCUGUGAUGAAAGUUGAGGACAGAACCAAAGGGACUGGAUCAGGAACUCAUGCCCUGUAUUAUUUGGAUUUGGACUUACAAUGUAAUUUAGACCUUUGCUGAUAAAAGUGGAUCGAAAAAACAAAAGAUUAUUAUUUGUGUUUCUUUGUUUAGAGGUUCAUGGAUGUGUCAAAUCCAAGAUUUUUCUAAUAAACUGUGCUUUGUAAGA